GGAUGAAGUGAGAGCAGCUGAGAGAGGAACAGGACGAUGUCUUAAUGAGCUUCACACAGUAACGGUCUCCUGGAGGUUCUUCUUGUUUCUAGGAGAUUAACAUCCUCACUUCACCUCAUUAUGCUGCCGGCUCUGCUUCUGGCUCUGAGUCUUUGCUCCGACGUUCGCUCCUCCGAUCCGUCAUCGAUAACAAUCCAGUACCGUGUUUGGGAGGAGCAGCCGACGGGAACCCGGGUUGGCCGUCUGGUGGACGACCUCCGGCAGCGGGACGAAGGCGGCGGUCCUCUGGAGGAUUUCCAGGUGGUGGAGCACGGGAAAGCCCUUCCCUUCUCAGUCAGCGGUCGAGACGGGGUCGUCUCCACCCAGGGCCGGCUGGACCGGGAGGAUCUGUGCCGCGGCUCGGACCUGUGCGAGCUGGCCUUUAGCGUCCUCUACAGGAGGAGCGGCGCCGUCAACUUCCUGCGGGUCCGCGUGGAGGUGAUGGACCUGAACGACCACACUCCCGGCUUCCCCGGCACGCUGCAGGAAGUGGAGAUCUCGGAGACAGCCGGCAUCAGGAUGCGGAUCCCUUUGGACCGGGCCGUGGACCCCGACGCUGGACCGAACGGCCUCCAGACGUACUCGCUGUCCGUCAACCAACACUUUGCUCUGGAUGUGACGGUCGCGCCCGGUGGCACCAAACAGGCCGAGCUGGUGGUGAUCAAAGAACUGGACAGGGAGGUUCAGGCCACGUUUGAUCUCACCCUGGUGGCGUGGGACAAAGGGAACCCCCCCAGGUCUGGGAGCACAUUAGUCCGCGUUAACGUUCAGGACUCGAAUGAUAACAGCCCCACGUUUGAGGACAGCACCCCCAGCGUGGAGCUUUCUGAGGAUACGGCACGUGGGACAACCAUAAUCCACCUCAAGGCCACUGACCCGGACCAAGGUGCCAACGGGGAGGUUGAGUAUUCGCUCAGUAAGCACACGCGUCCAGAGGUUCAUAAACUGUUCCAUGUGGAUCCGCAAACCGGAGCUGUGAGUCUCAAAGCGCCGCUGGACCACGAGGCCCAAGCCUCCUAUGAGGUGAUCCUACAGGCCCGGGAUCGCGGGCCCAAUGCCAUCCCCACACACUGCAAACUGCACGUCAAGCUCAGAGACGUCAACGAUAACGCGCCCAGGAUACACAUGACCUGGACGCCACCCAACUCCCCCGUGGCGACUGUGCUGGAGGGAGCACCGGAGGACACCUUCCUGGCCCUGGUGAUGGUCUCCGAUGCGGAUUCGGGAGAAAACGGCAAAGUGAGAGCUUACAUUCAGCCAGAAUCUGGCCCUUUUCGCCUGAAAAGGAUCCACGGCGACAACUACAUGAUCGUUACCAACGGCAGCCUGGAUCGAGAGAAGGUUAUGCGGUACAACAUCUCGCUGCUGGCCCAGGAUUACGGAGACCCCCCACUGUCCUGUGUCAAACACCUGCCGGUCCACGUUCUGGACGAGAACGACAACGCCCCGGUGUUCUCCACCUCCCUCUACAAGGCCUCCUUCGAGGAAAAUAACAUGGCGGGCUACCACGUUCUCAAAGUCGAAGCCCACGACGUCGACCUGGAGUUCAGCGGACGAGUGUCCUACUUCAUACGGAGCCCCAACGAAGUGGAAACCGACACCCGGUCUUUCUCUGUCCACCCGACCAGUGGCGUCAUCAGCGUCCAGCGUCCUCUGGACUACGAGGAGUCCUACGCCUACUCCUUCACGGUGGAGGCCGUCGACCAGGGUCACCCUCCUCUCACCGGCACGGCCUCAGUGCAAAUCGACGUUCGGGACGUGAACGACAACCACCCCAUCAUCAAGGAGCCGAAACCCAGAAAGGGCGUGGCCUCUCUGAGCAUACCCGUCAAUACAGACAAGGGGGAGAUUGUGACGGAGCUCGGGAAGGACAUCGACGAGGGAUCCACCUCUCUGACGAUCAAUCGCCCGGUCAGAGACGGACUCGGAUUCCUUGCGUCCACCUUAAAAGCUGAAGAUCCAGAUUCGGGGCUGAACGGACAACUCAGCUACCUCAUCGCCGACGGGAACGUGGACGAACUGUUCUGGUUGGAUCGGGCGACGGGCCAGCUGUUUGUGAACACCACCAACGCCACCGAGCUCGUUGGGAAAACCUUUAAGGUGAACGUAGCCGUGUCCGACAUGGGGAGUCCCAGCUUGGCCACCGAGGCCACUCUGGAGGUGACUUUUAUCAACCUCAAGGACCAUUUGAAGAACUCGUCGCCCGGUAACCGCGGGCAGCUCAGCUUCACCAUGAUGAUGGCCGUCUGCCUGGGGGCGACCUGCCUGUUGCUGCUGUUUGCCGUCGCUUUGGUGACGACGUUCUGCCGCCUGGAGAAACGGGACGACCGGGCGUACAACUGCCGGCAGGCGGAGUCCACUUACGACUGCCACCCGCGACGCCCGCAGAAGAACAUCAGGAAGUCCGACAUCCAGCUGAUUCCCGUCAUCAGAGGGCGGAAGGAGGAGCCUCCUGAGGACGACGGCAGUGAAGCCCGGCUUCUGGCUCCGCCCCCGAUGGCGUCGGACGACGAACAAACCGAGAGGCAGUACACGUUGAUGCCAUCGGUCAUGAACACAAGCUUCCAUUCCCAAGGAUACCCAGAAGGGGACGCCACCCACCACUGCAGAACUCUACGGAAACCCGGAAACAUCGAACUGGACGCCGCGUCGCACCGGAAUCUCUGCAAAGCCAGGAACCCUUCGUCGUCGUCCUCUUCGGCCUCGCAUUCGAGCACCUUGAGGCGCAAGGCGACCGCCAGAGGGGAGGAGAGGACGGAGCCGGCGAGCUCGAUGGCGUCCCAGGCGACUCUGAGGAGGCCGAGGACCUCGGAGGGACGAGGGGGAAUCAACACAGAACACCAGCAGAUACUCAGAAACCUGGUGCGACUGUCAAUGGCUGCGUUCGGGGACGCCAUCGAGCUUUCCUCAGCUUCACCUGAAGUGCAGGUGAGUCGUUGUUUGUCAUGA